GCAUCCACUUCAUUCAGCUGUUAAUUCACUGUGUGCCAAGGCAGCCUGCGUACCUUGAUACAUCGACUUUGUUCAGCUGUUUUUGUACUGAUUUUUUUCCCCUCUAUCCUUGGAUAUAAAUGACUGAUUGCCAAAUGGUUUCCUCAGAUUUUACACCAGAAGAGAAGAUGGAGAUCAAAACCAUCACAACAUAUAAAAAAGACCUUCUGGAUGAUAUCCAGAAGUUAAAAAUGGAGAUAGACAAUGUGAUGGCAGAAAUACUCAGCUUCGAGUCUGCAGAAGAAAACAAAGCAAUAGAGAAAAACAAACAAUUUGCGAAUGGGAAGAAGAAAUUCAACAUGGACCCUAAAAAGGGAAUCAGUUACUUGGUGGAGAUUAAGCUGCUGGAUGGAAGUGCUCAAUCCAUCGCUGAGUUUCUCUACAAGGAAGAAGGACUCAACAAGACAGCCAUUGGAGAAUUCCUUGGAGAAAGGGAAGAACUCCACCUUCAGACCCUGAAGGCUUUUGUGGAGCUGCACGAGUUCUCCGACCUCAACUUGGUCCAGGCUCUCAGACAGUUUCUGUGGAGUUUCCGUCUGCCUGGUGAAGCUCAGAAGAUUGACCGUAUGAUGGAGGCCUUCGCCACCCGCUACUGCGACUGCAACCCCGACGUCUUCCAGUCAACUGACACGUGCUACAUCCUGUCUUUUGCCAUCAUCAUGUUGAACACGAGCCUUCACAACCCCAACGUGAAGGACAAAACCACUCUGGAGCGUUUCAUCUCCAUGAACAGAGGCAUCAACAAUGGAGAGGACCUACCUAAUGAUCUGCUGUCGAAACUGUACGAGAGCAUACGCAACGAGCCCUUCAAAAUCCCAGAGGACGAUGGGAAUGAUCUGACUCACACCUUCUUCAACCCCGACAGAGAAGGAUGGCUCCUCAAACUUGGAGGUCGGGUUAAGACGUGGAAGAGGCGAUGGUUCAUUCUGACAGACAACUGCCUCUACUACUUCGAGUACACCACUGAUAAAGAGCCCCGAGGCAUCAUCCCGCUGGAGAAUCUCUGUGUUAGAGAAGUGCAUUACCCUCGUAAACCGUACUGUCUGGAGCUGUACAACCCCAACAGUCGAGGGCAGAAGAUCAAAGCAUGUAAGACAGAGACGGAUGGCAGGGUGGUGGAGGGGAAACACCAGUCCUACACAAUCUGUGCCUCCAGCGCAGAAGAGAGAGAUUCCUGGAUUGAGGCCAUCAGGGCAAGCAUCACCAAGGAUCCGUUCUACGACUUGGUCUCAGUCCGUAAGAAAAAGGUGAUACACCAAACUCCCCAGGACUCAGCACAGCAGGAUCCGACCUCGUGAAUGUUCAGCUCACUGCACCGUGCACUGUGGAUUGUAAUUUCUUUUGAAAAUCGUUUUAACCACCCUGCAACAAAAGGGCAAUGGAGGCUUCAGAAACACACUGACGGUGGUGGUUUAGACUAAAAAAGAGACUUCCCUUUCCACUUCUCCUUUCAUAAACUGAGAAACAGUGUCAGAGGUGAAAAACUGACUCAUUUGUGUUGUUCAUGGCAUCAGCACAGCAUGCCAAGGAGCGCGUGGCAACAAAUGCUUUGGGCCCACGCGAGGAGAUAUCUCGGUUUAGGUUAAGACAUUUGACAGUGCGUGUUUACUGCACUUGUUUUCCUUUCUGCAGUGAGAAGAUGAUUCUUUUGGUUUGAUUUUCGCCUAACCAAGUAUCUCAGCUAAGGAAGAAAAAUUAAACAUGUGAUGUCUCAGCAGUUCCAUGAAUGCUAUUAAAAGGCGCAUAUAGGGCACAGCGUCUUACUCAACUCAGUUCUCGUAGUGCUCAGAAGCGGACAUUUAUAGAGUGACUUUAUUUCUGUCUGGUGGACAGCUUUAAGUUUUAUUGCAAAUGCAUUGGAAGGUAUGGUGUUAUCUCAGCGAAGUGUGUAGUUUGUACAGAAUCAUUUUCACGUAUGUAAAUAUGUUUUUCAGUUGUUUGGAUCUUAUAUAGUCACAUCAAAUGCAUGUUAAUACACAGAAGCUUGCCUAUGUUUUUGUCAUGUAAAUUGAAAGGACAGUGCAAUAGGAACAUGCAUAUUAUAUCCGCUUUGUAACAAAUUUACUGUGUAAAUUGAAAUCAUUUAACCAUUCAUUGUGUUUUGUGUCAGUCUAUAUACUGCAUAUAUUUGAUCAAUGUAAAUACUGUAUUUUUUAUGCUCUCACGAAAUGAUUAUUUAAUAAAAAGGUGUUUUUA